ACUGUAUCUCAUCUGCUUUGGGUAGCUCACGGUUUACUUAGCAAAUGGUGCCCUUCAUAUUUCUAUAAUUGCAUCACUACUGUUGACAUGCAUAUAUACGCGUAGCUGCUGUAGAAUUCUUUUUAUCAUAAUGCUAUUGCGCAUUGGUUCAUUAUGACAGUUGUGCCACUUCAACAUACAGUUUAGUUUGUGCCCGAAACUCUAUAUGACGUUCGCGCGUGCCCGCCUGUCGAUGUGCUUCCCGUAGCCUGCUGCCAACACAGACAGUUUUCCCCGUCAACAAGAAUGCCAGGGCCUCACCACAUGCCCCCUUGACACCGCUCGGUGUCAACUGUUUAGUCUGAAAAUGGUCUCUGCUUGAGAAUCAAACUCCGUUCUUUUCUACAAGUCAAGACAGGGGGAUCUAGAGAGGACUGAAGAGUACUUAGCGAUGGGACUGUUCGGCUCUAAGGAGCAGCGCAGGUUCCGGAGGGACCUGUUGGAGACACAUAACGAGUACCGCACGUGGCACGGCGCGCCCAAACUCAAACUUUCCAGAAAGCUCAGCAGAAGUGCGAAGGCGUUUGCCAGGGGACUGGCGGAGACCAACAAGAUAGCGGACAUGCGGCACAGCCCGGAGGCCAUCGAGGGAUUGUACGGGGAGAGUAUCGCCUGCGCGUCCUACCAGCAGUCAGGACGUGAGGUGUCAGAACUGUGGUACACAGAAAUGAAGAGAUACAACUUCGAGACACCAGGAUACCAACCAAGAACCAGUCAUUUUACCGCCAUGGUGUGGCGGAGUACGCGGAAGGUGGGGUGCGGCAUAGCCCGGGCGGAGGACGGCAGUACGUACAUCGUGGCCAGGUACUCCCCGCCGGGAAACAUGAUAGAGGAGGGGGAGUACGCAGAGAACGUCUGGCCUCCGCGCUGAUGGAACGUGUGGCGUCGCGGGAAGAUUUACUAGUCUUUUCCUGGCUCUUUGGGUUGCUGGGAAAAUAGUAAAAAUUGGCCAAAUAGGCUGAGUAAUUUGUCAUAACAUAAAAAGUUAGCCUUUUUUGCAUGCAACCCUAGCGUAUUACGCCUGCUGAAUACUUUAGAAAAUUACUACGCCUCUUUGAUAGCCUCUACCAGGCUUAAAAAGCGGUUGGAGAGAAUAGAAAUUGGUCAAAGAGAUAGAUAAGAAGCCAGGUAAGUCGGUCCGGUAAAGAACAGACUUAACUCCUUUUUAGCGGAUCCAUUGCCUUGGAAUGAUAUCUGUCUACUUUCCAGCCACUUCUGAAGCCUGGUAGAGGCUACCUAUUUGACCGAUUUUUACCAUUUUUUCAGCGACCCAAAGAGUCUGGUAGAAACUAAGGGGGCUGAUGAAGUGGGCCUUAACUUGAUAUCCAAAACGAGCAGUUUUCAACACGAGGAAGCACAUUCGAACGUUUAAUGCUGCUAAGUUGUACUUUUAUCACUGUGUAAGCCGUGUGUGUCCACUGACCCAAACUUGUUGGUGAAGAACUAUUAUAAUAGCGAUAAAGCUCACCAACAAUGUCAGGAGACAAAGAACAAAAAAAACACCAGCCUUAUAUAUGAAUACACGCUGCAUGCCGCCAUGUCUGAGUUCAUGUGCUGAAUUGUCUUGAGGAGGAAUUCAAAGAGAUGUGAAAAGUGUGAUGGUAUCGUCAUGACAUUGGGUGUUUAAUCUUAAGUGUAGGUAAUUUCCUAUUUGGCGUAUUUUCGUUUCUCUUUGGUAAAUCUUAUUUUCAUAUUUCUUUGAAACAAAGUGCAAUGCAACAUUGGACUUCAAAUAAAUGUUGGGUAUUUUCCAGUGGUACUUUCCAGUGUAU